UCAGACCAGACUGGUCUGACUACCAAACACGCAAGAUGAACAUUUCAUCUUGCGUGAUCAGACCAUAAAGACAAAACUAUUGUUAAUGUUUUAUUAUUCGGUGUCUGGCAUAAGUAAAAUGGGUAAUAGUAACACUCACCCCGUUUUCUUUGAGUGCUAUAACCUUCAUCAAGAGCAGAAGACGGAUAUAACAAAAUAUUUUGACCACUGGACAUUGAGCAGAAAAGGUUGUGGGUCACUGGAGAAGGUCUCUGACAGAGUUUACGCGUUCUCUUUCCGAAACACAAAAGAGCUUAAACCUCCUUCAUGCCUCAAGUGCGCUACCAAGAUGUAAAAAGUGUGAACUAGACUUUAACAGACUCUUGAUAGCUAAAAUAGAGGCUGCCUCUUCACUGCUGGAAUUUUGUCAUAUUUACCCAGAGGAGUCAAAUAUUUUAGCCAGAAGAAAACUAUUCAAUGCCGUGCUUACAAAGACAUUGCAUUGCAAAAUUGAGAAAAACAAUGAUGAGGUUUUGACAUUCCAUCAUAAGAAAUCCAUUGACAAUGUUAAAGCAUGUCAGACCACAGAGGAUGAGGAUUACAGCUCAGGUGGGAAACAUUGUAAGGAGGACGUAGAUGUAAAUUCAUGGUUAAAUGAGAACUUGCCAAGUAUAAGUAUGAGGGAAGGAAGCACAGUUGUAGUAUACAAUGUUCUAAAUAGACUCCAGGUGACAGUGUGUUUGGGUGACAUCACCACACUGGAUACAGACACUAUGGUAAACAUUGCAGGGGAGGAUUUAGACCACUGUGACAGAGUUUCUGCCUUUUCAGAAACAUUUAGGUCCAAAUCUUUAACUAUGCCCUUUCACAGUACAGGUGCGUUUGGUGUUCCUCUUAAUAUUUGCUGUGAGGCUAUAAUAAGGGCUGUGAAGGAGUUCAGCAGUCAGGGAGGACGAAAUGUGUGCAGAAUCAUUCUGAUAGACAACAGAAGGCAUGUUGUGAGGGCCAUGCUGGAAGUGUGUGACAGGCUUCUACACGGAACUAGCGACAAAAACAGUGCAUUGAGGCGUGGGGAGGUCCAGAUGGAUGUUGCUGACCAACAACCAGAGAGACGAAACGAGGCUGAAGGUGGUGGAAGUGGCGUUCAUGUUGAGAUUGUUCUGGGGACUAUCGAGACUCAGGAGGUUGAUGCUGUGGUUUCUCCCAUGGUUGGCCAUAACCCUCUAUCUUCAAGAGUUGGGAUUGCUUUGAACCAAAAAGCUGGACUGCAGUUGGUCUCAAGAUUCAGGAAGGAUGCAGGGGACGAGUCCAUGCCUGGAGACUUAGUGCUCUUGAGGGGAGUACCUGGACUUUCAUCUGGAGCUGUUUUCUUUCUCAACCUUGUUCCAUGGGAUGGUGAUGAAGAUGGAACUGCAGUUCAGGUUCUCAGAUUGGCCAUCAGCAACAUCCUGACAUCCUGUGAGAGGAGAGGGUUUGAAUCUGUUGCAGUUCCCGUACUUGGAGCCGGGAAGGUCUUGCGCUUUCCAGACAAUGUGGUAUCCAAGGUUUUAUCAGAGGAGAUCCAUUCCUUUGAACGGAAUCAAGGCAGCAGCAGACCACUCUUGGUUCGGAUUGUCUUACAGCCCAAUGAAGCGUCCAGUCAGUGCUGCAGAAGCAUCGAGAACCAGUUGCAGCAGUUGUUUACUACACUGGACAAGGCUGCAAAGAAAGCAAGAGGAGAAUACAACCACAGUGCUUCUGCAAAUGUUUGGAUCAAAUUAACAGGGACCACAGACAGUUCAGUGUCAGACGCUUUAUUUGGCUCAGCUCUUGUAGCUUUGCAGGCAGCAAGAAAAAGUGUAAACAUCAAAGGAGCAGGAGAAGACAAUGUAGCAGAUGGAAAUGAGGCAACAAAAAAUGGACCAGCUGGGAGAGAAGGAAAUUCUAAAAGCAGACAGUUUGGAGGAAUUUGGUAUCCAGCAUUAGGAGCAUUAGGUGGAAUUAUGGGUGUAGCAGGAACAGCAGGAGUAAUAGGUGGGGCACUGAGUUCAGGGGUUGCAGGAAUAGGAGGAACAGGAGGCACAACUGGUGGAGCAACAGGUGGAGGAGGUACAGGUGGGGCAACAGGAGGAGCAAGCAGUGGUGGAGCAACAGGUGGAGGAGGUACAGGCGCAGCAACAGGUGGAGGAGGUACUGAAGGAGUAACAGGUGGAGGAGGUACUGGAGGAGCAACAGGUGGAGGAGGUACGGGUGGGGCAACAGGUGGAGGAGGUACUGGAGGAGCAACAGGUGGAGGAGGUACGGGUGGGGCAACAGGUGGAGGAGGUACUGGAGGAGUACUGGAGGAGCAACAGGUGGAGGAGGUACAGGUGGAGCAACAGGUGGAGGAGGUACGGGCGGAGCAACAAGUGGAGGAGGUACGGGUGAGGCAACAGGUGGAGGAGGUACGGGCGGAGCAACAGGUGGAGGAGGUACGGGCGGAGCAACAAGUGGAGGAGGUACGGGCGGGGCAACAGGUGGAGGAGGUACGGGCGGAGCAACAGGUGGAGGAGGUACGGGCGGAGCAACAAGUGGAGGAGGUACGGGCGGGGCAACAGGUGGAGGAGGUACGGGCGGAGCAACAGGUGGAGGAGGUACGGGCGGGGCAACAGGUGGAGGAGGUACGGGCGGGGCAACAGGUGGAGGAGGUACGGGCGGAGCAACAAGUGGAGGAGGUACGGGCGGAGCAACAGGUGGAGGAGGUACGGGCGGAGCAACAGGUGGAGGAGGUAAGGGCGGAGCAACAGGUGGAGGAGGUACGGGCGGAGCAACAGGUGGAGGAGGUACGGGUGGAGCAACAGGUGGAGGAGGUAAGGGCGGAGCAACAGGUGGAGGAGGUACGGGUGGGGCAACAGGUGGAGGAGGUAAGGGCGGAGCAACAGGUGGAGGAGGUACGGGUGGGGCAACAGGUGGAGGAGGUAAGGGUGGAGUAA